UCCACUCCUGUUAAUUUUCUGUGUUUCCAAAAUUUCUCAGUUUUCUAAGGUACUCCCCAGCUAGCUUGUGUACAUAUAGACAAUAGCUUAAGUUGUAGUUUUUCUUCAUUCUGAUCUAGAUCUCUCUACCAUUUCCCAUGUCUAACUCCAACUUUGUACGUUUUCGUCCAUUUCAUGUUUAUAUCUAUCUUCGCUCUCGAUCGAUCUAAUUCAUUCUCCCAUAUUAGCUCAUAAAAAAGGGUCUUUUCUAUAAUGAAUACUAAUACCUAUUUUCCAUCAGUUGAUCAUAGAUCAACAGAUGGACUUGAAUGUUGUCAUCGUUUCGCUAUGGCCAGUACUAAUCUUGGCAAUGAAUUUAGCAGUACUGAUAUUCAUGAUGUUGUGUUCUUUUCAUCGAGUAACGGAACAUCAUCUAAUAAUGACGAGGUUGUUGUUGAGGGUGGUGGUGGUGGUGGUUGUGAUCAAACAGUAGUCGAAAGCGACUACUUUGAUGGAGUGUUUAAGUAUAUACAACAGAUGCUUCUAGAAGAAGAAGAUGAUUUAGAAAGUAGACCUUGCAUGUUUCAAGAUUGUAUUGCUCUUCAGGCUGCUGAGAAAUCUUUUUAUGAUGCCCUCACUGACAACAACAACAACGACGACGAUCCAACAAUCGUCGAGCACUGUUCUAGUACUGAUUUUCCAGUUAAUCAUGGUUUUAUUAGUACUACUCAUUGUCUGCAAGACGACAACUUCAAUCACUUUCUUGAUCAGUCCGACUUGAUUUCUGAUUUCGAUUGUUCAAAUACUGGAAUACGUGGAAACACUCCUUUGAACAAUAAUUGUCAAGUUGUUGCUGCUGCUAAUGAUGAUCAUAGGAAUAUUUAUUAUGGUGUAAACUCCACAAAUACGAACAAUCAAGGGGGAACAUCAAAGUCAGAGGGGAAAAAGAAGCACAAUCGAGAGGACUGUGGCGAAUCAUCAAAUGGUCCUAACAGCAAGCAGUUUGCGAGUAAUGGUGCAGAGGAAACAGAAGAGAAAACUCAUGAGGAGUACUACGAUAAGGCAGUUCUUUGUCCAGAUAUGAAUCCUGCCUUUUACGUCGAGGAUUCGUGUGAUGACGGAUCAAGAUCAUCAUCAGAAAAUGCAGCAUGGGACAAGCAAAAAAGCCGUCAUAUAAAGCAGUCUAAAAGAGGAAGGCCGCGUGGAACCAAAAAGGGUGUAAAGACUAAUGAAGUAGUAGACCUUACCAGUCUCCUAACACGAUGCGCGGAAGCAGCAGCUAGCUAUAACAGCAAAACUUUUGUAGAGGUUCUUAGCAAAAUCAGGCAACACUCGUCUCCCUUUGGUGAUCCUACUGCUAGAUUGGCCUAUUGUUUUGCCAAUGCCCUCGAAGCUCGGUUUGCUGGUGGUGGUGGUGUAGACACAAUUACUACUCCAAAAAAAUCAAUAUUAUCAGCUGCAGAUUUCUUAAAAGCAUAUCAGGUAUACAUCACAGCUUGUCCAUUCAAGAGAAUGUCAAACAUAUUUGCUAACAAGUCUAUCGCGAAAUUAACAAGUGAAGCUCCAAAGGUUCACAUAAUAGAUUUCGGGAUACUAUAUGGAUUUCAAUGGCCUUGUAUAAUACAUGGAAUCUCCCUUAGGCCAGGUGGACCACCAAAGCUUAAGAUCACAGGAAUUGAUUUCCCUCAACCAGGUUUUCGACCAGCUGAAAGAGUCGAGGAGACAGGACGUCGAUUGGAGAAUUAUUGCAAGAGAUUCGGUGUUCCAUUUGAAUAUAAAGCAAUAGCAAAGAAAUGGGAUGAUAUUAAACUAGAACAUCUGAAUAUUGAGCAAGAUGAAACUGUGGUUGUCAAUUGUUUGUACAGGCUAAAGAAUGUACCCGAUGAAACAGUACUAACUAAUGGCAACAACAACCCGAGAAAUGCUGUUCUGAGAUUGAUCAAGGAAAUAAAUCCACAUUGGUUCGUUCAUGGGAUCGUGAACGCUAUGUACAAUGCAUCUUUCUUCACUACAAGAUUUCGAGAGGCUUUAUUUCAUUUCUCGUCUCAGUUUGACAUGUUCGAAGCUACAAUGACACGAGAAGAUGAAGGUAGGAUGAUAUUCGAGCAGGAAGUAUUCGGAAGAGAUAUAAUGAACGUUAUAGCCUGUGAAGGGACGGAGAGAGUUGAGAGGCCGGAGAGUUACAAGCAAUGGUCAGUGAGGAAUCAGAUAGCGGGGUUCAGGCAACUUCCGUUGAAUCAAGACAUUGUCAAGGAAGUCAAGGCCAAGGUGAGAAUGUUUUAUCACAGGGAUUUUCUAGUGGAUGAAGAUAGUAACUGGAUGUUGCAAGGUUGGAAAGGAAGAAUCAUGUAUGCACUAUCUGUUUGGCAGCCUAUACAUAAAUAAAUGCCUCGCGCUAUGCGCGGGGUCUGUGGGGAAGGGCUAUGCAUAAAUAAAGCUGUUAAUUUACUGCAGUUUAUGAUAUAUACUAUGUAGCUAAAUUUAAGAGUAACAGGCAAAUCUUGGAAUCA